AUGCAUUUUCUAGUUUUGGGGGCUACAGGGCAUACUCUCACCCUUUUCGUCCGAAGUCGAUCCAAGGUACCAACCAAAGUCGCCGACAACAAAAAGGUAGCAAUCAUCGAAGGAACACUGGAAGAUGAAGAUACUCUAGAUGAAGUCUCAAGAUGCGGGGCUGAUACAUUCGUAUCCUUUGCUGGGCCCCCAGUCGGAAACCAAGGCACGCAUUAUCGCUUGAAGACACUGACUAUUGCUGGAUCUCUCAAGGCCCUCACAAAUGGUUAUAGAGCCCUUAUUCCUAAACUCGUCUCUCAAGGCAUCAAACGAGUUCUCGUUCUUUGCACGCCUUCCUAUAAGGGUACGUCUGAUGUUGCGUCAUUCAAAUGGCGACUUGGAGAGUGGACGAUGAAGGCGAUCCCUUCUACGCGUGGCCAAUACGGGGAAAUGAUCCAUGUUGGGGCAUACAUAACGACAUUGCCGGCUGAGGAUGGAAUUAAAUGGACACUAUUUCGAGUCGGAGGGUUGACUAAUGGAGAAGAUGCGCCCAGUGAACGCAACUUUCUUGGGCAGUGGAAGUGA